GUGAAUCGAACAUACAGCAAUCCGCAUUGAAAACGUUGUAUUUGUGGUGCGCACUGUUUCUUUGCAUCUUGUGAAAAUUUUAAAAUAUCGUACAUAGAAGUACUCUGCUGGACUUGUAACCUGUGUAAUUUUCGUGUAAUGCAUUGAAAUAUAAUAGCGGAGUGAGUAACUCUUUGCGUACAUUGUAUUUUAUCGUGGAAAUUGAAAACCGCAUACAAGUGAAUAAGCAAACAGGAGUAGACAAAGAUGGCGGCCAAAACAAGCAUUAUCGAUGAAAGUGCCGAUGAUGGUGUACCGGCUGAUUUCUGGAAUGAGGUUCUUGAUAGCUUCGACGUUAUGGACGAAUUGCAGGAAGGAAGUGAAGAAGCGAAGAAAGCUGCCGAAGAACUGGCUCGGAAGAAAAAGGAGGACGAUCUUGAAAAGGUGAGAAAAUUUAACGAGGCUUGGAAUAUUGCUCCUGCACCUGAAGAGACGAGAAUUAUAGUGGAAAAAAGAGAUGAGCCAGAACCAGAUCCGGUGCCGGCAACAAAACCCGAAGAAGUAUCGGAAUCAUUGAGGGCGAAGUCACCCGACUGUGCUAUUAUUCCUAUGGAAAGUGAAGUCAUAACUGUAGAGGAAGAUGCCAUUCAGGUUUCGGAAAAUUCAGUAGUUGUAAUUCCUGCUGAUGGUUUACCUAAGGAUCCACGUUUGAAGCGCUUGGAGGAAAAUAAUCGCAUUCAGAGUCCAUCCAGUCCCACUCAGGAAGCGAGAAAUAGUACCGUAGAACGUGAAUCUUCUCAAAGGUAUUUCCAGUUUGACCGAGAGAAAGAAGAACGCGAGGAACAGUUGCGCAAAGACCGGGAGGACUUUGAGAGGGCUAGGAGUAGGCUGAGAUCACGAAGUCCAGGGGUUUAUUUGCGUCGGUCGCACUCAGACGAUGAGGAAGACAUUGGACGACCAUCAUUCCGCUAUGCCCGUAGUCAAUCCAGAUACCGUUCAAGAAGCCGGGAACGAGAGAGCAGAAGAUCUAGAAGCCCUUGGAGAAGCCGCAGCAAACGUCGCAGUUCACGUAGUCGUGAUCGUGGCCGAAGUCGUCGCCGUUCCUCUUCUAGGUCGCGAUCCAGCUCGCGUACACAUCGUAGAGCGGCAGAAACACCGACUGAAGGUCCUGCGGCCAUGAUGAAUCAAAUGACAGCGAUGAUGCAAAUGAUGACGGAUCCCAAAAUGAUGAUGACGAUGAACCCUAUGAUGGCAAUGAUGAUGCAAAUGAAUCCAAUGAUGGCAGCAGCAGCCGCAGCUGCUGCUGCUCAAAAACCCACAGAUCUUCAGAAUUCUGCGGGAGCGCAGCAGGACAAGAAAGAUGAUAUCACGGCACAACUAUUCUUAGAGAACAAGAUAAAUCUAUCCGACUAUUUGGCUUCGAAAAAUCCAAAUGAUGGCAGAAAGUCGUCUCGGGUUAAUCAGAAAGUGAUUCAGCACAUCAAAGAAGCCAUAUCUAUUCUAGACAAACAGGAAACAAAAGUACAAUCCGCACGAUUCCUGUACGUUGCUCCGACCUAUCACACAGAUCUGAAGAAAUUAGACAACCGUUCUCCGUUGAUAUGGAAUGAUCAGAAUGUUUUGUAUUCUUCCACUAGUAAGUCCAAGGAUGUAAGUCUUUGUGAACCUUUCCGCAACAUUAACCACAAAAUGAAACAGAUGAUCGAACGACUCGGUUUGGACGAGGGUAAUAUCUCUCAACGUCUAGCACAGCAUAUAAGUGCACAAACAAACAGUAAUUCGACUGCAGAUGUGGGAACGAUUCAAGCUAUUACUAUUGUUCCUGUUCGAGGCGGCGCAACUACGAAACGAAUUAUUGACCGUUCAAUACAGACGGAGGACUUAAAUUGUAUCGACUGCGUGCAACGACGUAGUAAAACUUACGUUUCCGUAAAUACCCAAACGGCUAGUCGAGCUCGUAUGAUUGAAAUUAGCGUUCAGACUGAUCGCGAUCGAGACAGUGAACUUAAUUCGAUGAACGAGCUGACUGUCAACCAGGUAAAGAUAAUAAACGAAAUCAUGAAGUACAUGAAGAAACGCCAUGUGUCAGGAACGAUGGCCAACCUAAGGAACAAUCUAGAGCGAGAUGUUCCAGAAUUGCGCAAUCAACAGUUAAACGCCGGUCUUCAUUACGUGUCGGAACUUAUGGAAAGAAAUGAACGAAAUGCUAACCGUUAUGCUGGUCCGAAUCCUAUGAAUCCAACUGCUCGUGAAUUGGCUGCUAGGCAGAUGCUACCAGCUAAUCGUGACAAAAGAGGCGCAGGUAAUCCAUUCCGGGAUCCGCACCGCGGGGUAAACUUUGAUGAAAUAAACAUGUUGACGUCGGUUGUGCCGGCCGGUUUUCGACAGUCACCACCGCGCAGAUCUGGCGGUGGAAAUCGCGGAAUGAAACGUCCGUGGCCGUGAAUCAGGAACAUUUGAGCUACUAUAAAUGAUUGGUUGAAAAUAAUCUUCGAUGUAAUUUGAUAAUCCUGUUUAUCUACUUGGAAAAAUGAUCAAAUACAGAUUUGCUAUGCGGCAGGAAAA